UCAUUUGAUUCACAAACUUUCUUUACACUUUCUACUCACUUUUCCUUAAUCCAAACAACCUCACUUUCUACUCACUUUCCCUUCAAAUCUUUCCUUUUCUACUCUCCCUUUUCCAUCUUCAAAUCCAAACAAAGCCUAAGUCUCCACCCAUGGCACCGAAACAAAACAAGAAGCGUCUCUUCCAUACGGAAGAACCAUCCACAGCCACAGCCACAGCCACAGCCACAGCUUGUUCCUCUUCCGAAAAACACACGCAACGUUCCACCGAAGCACCAGCGGCACAAGAGUCUUCUUCUCCCAAAGUGAAGGCCAAGCGGGUGACGAAGAAGAAGGCAAGCAGCGACGAAGAGACGGAGGAGGACAGGAUAAAGGCCCCGGAUGGGCAGUCGAAGCUGUUCCAGAGGAUCUGGAGCGAGGAAGACGAGCUCUUGAUUCUGAAGGGCAUGGCCCAGUUCAUCUCAACCACCGGCAACGACCCUUACAAGCACGCAGACUCCUUCCACGAUUCCAUCAAGAACAUGCUCCACGUGGCAGCCUCCAUCAACCAGCUCAAGGAGAAGAUCCGCCGCUUGAAGAAGAAGUUCGAGGCUAAUUCUCGCCGAGGGAAGAACGGCGACGACCCCCACUUCUCCAAACCUCACGACUCCACAAUGUUUCACUUGUCCAAGAUGGUCUGGGCUGUGAAGCCCAAGCCCAAGCCCAGGCCCGGUGAGAAACAAUUGGUGAUGGUGAAGUCUCUUAUCGGUAAUGACCUAGACUCGCUUUACCGCGAAAUAGCCGGUAUGAAGGAACUGGGUGAGGAUGAGAUGAAGAAAGGUUUGGCAUUGAUUGGAGAGUCCAAGAGGAAAGAGUUGGAGGGAAGGUGGAGCCAACUGCGUCUUGCUCAGCUUCAGCUUGUUUCAGAUCGUUCCCAACUCGCCGGGGAGAUCGUUAAGCUGAUACAUGAAGCGCUUCACUGAAACUGCGUUUGCCUUUACCCUUUUUUGCUAUCAUUUUGUGAUUAACAGUGUACUUUUCAGCUCAUAUAAUUGUUGACUGUCCUUUAACAACUUUGUUGGCCACUGUUUUGUCUACCAUGUUUUGCUGAUCAUGCUAAUUUUGUGACUAUGUUAAUGUUAUAAUAGUCUUUUUACUUGGUAGGCAGUGUUGUUUAGUUAUCGGCAUUGUGAAACUGUUCUGCUUAAGAAUUCCAAUUUCGUGCUUUGGGUAGUUUAUUUGGAAUUGGAGAUUCUGUAGUAGAAUAAUCCAUUGUGUUUUCUUGUCUACUUAUGCAAGUGAUUGAGUUUUGGGUGC